AUGAAAAGGACAAAUACAGUACCAUCACCUGGUGCGAAGAAGGUUAACCAAGCAACAUCAAAUGAUACAACCCCAAAGGGGAGAUACAAGUCGGUCAUUUUUCCUUCAAGACAUGGAGCAUCUCCUUCCAACUCUAAACUACCAGCAGGAUACCUACGUACAUUUGGAUUUGCAAGCACGCGUUCAUCAUCACUACCUGGUAGGUUACUGACCUUUUACUGUAGUAGUACUUUAAGAGUAUACAUGACAGAAUUUUUUUAAUGAUUUGCUAAAACAGAAUCUACACAGUGUCCUGAGAAGGAUAACAAAGAAGUUUUGUGAUACUGAUUUUUCUUUCCCACGUUUCGAAUAUCGAAAAACUUGUAUCCAUAUCCCUGUCAGGACAAUGUUCAGUAUCUAUUAAGCAAAAUCAGUGAAACCCCAUUCUAUGGACACCUGCUUAAUAUAGUUACCCAUAUAUGAUGGACAUGCAGUUUUGUUUGUCUGACAAAAAGCUUUUCUUCUGUAAAAUUUACCGGCUUAAUGUCAAAUAUAGACACCUGUUAGUAGGGACAACACCGAUACUUUUCUUUGUCCUGAAUCACAAACUCUCAUAUAUAGUUAAACCCACUUUAAGGACACUGGGGUUUGUUUAUAGUGGAAUUAAGUGUUCUUCACAUAUCCAGCUAGUUUACAGACACCCCACUUAAGCAAAUAAUUCAAAUAUAACCUAACAGGAUUUUAAAAAAAAUCCAACUGGCAGGAGGUAACCAGUGGGAUAUUUAAAAGCAUGUUUGGGGAUUGACCUCGGGACAACCAAGAAUUAGUCCAGCAAGAGGCCAGAGCGGGACUCGGACCCUGGACCUCCAGAGUCCGACACGCUGACCACUUGGUCCACACUGCCUCCUUCAACUCAAUUCAUUAACUGUCUUGUCCUGGUUAUUCAAAAGUUGGAUAGCACUAUCCACCAGAUAAAUCACUUUCCAGCAGAUAAGUAUUAUAUAUGGAAACUAAUUAAGGUAUCCAAUGGAUAGCGAUUUAUCUGGUGAAUAGCAUUAUCCACCUUUUGAACAACUGUGACCUGAUGUUUUAUUUAUACUUCAGAAGCCUCUAAACACACAGACGACUCCAAUCCAUGCACUGAAAUCUCCAAUGAUGAUGCCUCCAGUAUAUGGUAAGCUUGAUCUGCUUAAACCAGUGGCCUAAGGUGCAGGGGGUUGUUUCAAAGGCUACAUUUAGAGUGUAAACUAUUGAAUAUUGGCUGAAAAGCUUCAGGUGUGGCUGUUUCUGUUCUUGCCCUGAGGGGAGUAUGCAUGUGGCAAGCAAUAAAUACAUUGAAAAUGAAGAAAAGAUCGUCGUAGUGAACGCAAUUUAUGCAAUUGCGUAAAGAAGCCUAAAAAAAAUUCAGGACUUCAACGGGGUUUGAACCCGUGACCUUGCGAUUACCAGUGUGAUGCUGUACCAACUGAGCUAUGAAGCCAAUGACGUUGGGAGCAGGCUUCUUUACGCAUAAAUUGCGUUCACUGUGACGAUCUUUUCUUCAUUUCCAUUUCAUUUCCGCAGUUCAUGUAUGAUUUAUUUCAUAUAUCAUUAACAAUAAAUACAUUGUCAAGCUUUUCGUGGGAUAAGGGGGCAUGCACCUUGGGGAUAAAUUUUGAAAUUCAGUGCUCUAAAGUGCUGUUUUCAACCUUCUGGUACCAAAGAAGCAAUUUUCUGGGUACUGUCAGAUUCCAUGAUUAAGAUUAAAAUAAAUGGAGCAACACAAAACUCACAACAAAGUGCCAGACUACAACAAAUUUUAUUAAAAAUUGGAAAAUAACUAAUUACAUUACUUUCCCACCCGCAAAUAGCUUAUAAACUAAUCAAGGCGGGGGGAGACAAUCAUGUACAAUGUAACAUCUUGCAUCUCUGGCUUUAAACAAAGACCCUUUUUUAUUAUAUAAACACCAAUGAAAUACCAGGUGAGCUUUCACGCGAAAACUUGAUAUCUUCACAUGUGAAAAUAACAUGUUAUCUUCACACGUGCUAUGGCUACAUAAUAAAUCGCGCCUUUCACACCAAAAAACUAUUAAAGUGAAAUGGUUUGGUAUUUCAUUGGUGUUUAUAUAAUAAAUAGAACAUUACAUGGCCACUUGGCGAUACGAAAUUUCUCUUCGAGUGUUGAAAAAUAUUUCACGAGUGAGCGCAGCGAACUAGUGAAAUAGUUUUCAACACUCGAAGAGAAAUUUCGUAUCUCUGCGCGGCCAUGUAAUGUAAUAUUCUCUAUGUAUUAUGAAUAUACAAUAAUAACUGUUUUGACUCACUGGUAACAAUCUAAUCUGUGCAUAGGUCACUGGAGUGUAAUAAUCUGCCGCCACCACCGACUACACCUCCACCACCUCCUCCACCUCUUGCUGAAGCAACUAAUAGUUCAAAGGAAGAAAACUACUUGGUUCUUUCAGAAUCCCAACUUAAUGUACUGUCACUUAAUUUAUCAGAGAUUGCUGAUAAAGUAUCACCAACUAAAUAUGAUCCUGUGAUUGAAAUAGAUGAGGAGACUUUGGAAGUUUUUAUCGGUGAAAAUGUUGAAGACCCAUCUGAAACAUUUGUUUCUAGCAGUGAACAAUCAAUGAGAUUUAAAACUCCAUAUUCAAGGCAACGCAGAGAUUCUAAGAGUUAUGUUUCAAAACAAAAAAGCUUUACUAGGAGAAGGUCCGGGUCUGGCAGACAUGGCUCAUAUCAAGAAUUGAACAACAGUGGUGACAUUUCUCAUGAUGUGAAUAAUGUUUUGAAUUUCUCAGCUGGUAAUUUUGAAGCAUUUAAGUUGGAUAGUGAAAGUGAUUCUGGAUAUAGUUCAUCGAUAUCAACAUCAGUUAGCCUAGGUGAGGAAAUUGACGCUGCCAAGAAACUUAGCACUAGUACUGAUAUUGACGCUGAUGACUUGACUUUUGUUGGAGAUGAUCGUGGUGGAAAAAGUUCUGCAAGUAAUCUGGUGAUGAGUGAAUUUACUUCAGGCUCAUUGGAACAUCAAAAUACGGGCAAUGUUGAAGGACAACUGGAUUCAUUAAUUAAUGGAGUGUCAUCAGAAAUUGGCAAUCUUGACUUAACCAAGCAAGUGAGGGAAGAAACAGUUGUUUAUCGUGAGGAACCUAACUUAUCUAAUGGUUUAGAGGAACCUUCAACAAGUUUUAUACUGUCACAUAAUGAAAAUGCAACUCCUACAUUUCAUGAACAGGAAAAUGGAGUAGAAAAAUCGUCAUUUAAUUUACAAAAGGAUCCUUUAGAUGGCUCUGCCCUACCAGGUAGGACGAAAACAGGAAAAAGACCUAUGCUUCAACGGAGGAGAACAACUGCAAUGUCUUUCCGUCCCCCAAAGCAAGUUACUGUACAAGAGGGAGAAAGCGGCAUUGUAGAAAUGGAUGAAACUGGCUUCCUACAACUUUUGACAGAUUUUAAAUCUUUGAAGACUCAGUUACUUAAGUUGAAACGAGAACUCCAGGAGGUAAGGUCAUCAAAAAUAUUUUGAGUUCUCCUGUUCAAUCACAGGCAGAUUUAGCAAUCACACUGUGACAACAAGGGUGAACAGUGACAACAGUGCGUGCUGUUCUUAAAACAGAAUUAACCAAUGGCAGAGUCGCAAAUUGAGCACCAGAAGUCACAUUCAGUUCUUUCUGGGCACUUUGGCUUUCUCAUUUUGAUGUUGCAUUGUUUUCGCUGAAUCAUUCUUGGACAAUUAUCAGGUGUAUAAGAUUCUGAGAAGCUGACCACCCACCCUUUCCCUAACCCAACUUUAAUACCAACUUCACACUUAGAGCAAAAUGCUAGAUUACAGGAGGGGUGGAUGAGCAGUUUUCCAGAUUAUAAUACAGAUCAACAUUCUCAAACUUCUCAGAAAAAGGUUAAAUGUGUUCUUCCAGAAAACACUGAUGCUCCCUCACACUUGGAAUACCAGUUUGGGAGGUGUCUUGAGUCCUUAAUUUACUAAAAAAUAUAGGAGAAUCAAAGAUUGGAAAAAUUUGUUACCUACUAAACUAUAAGUUCUUUAAACAUAUGCCAAAGUGUGAAUCUGCUCUUUGUUAACUAGGUAUCAGCCAAAGGUUAAAGAGGGUGCAUGUCAACUUAGAGGCCACUUGAACUGGCAGAACUGCCUCCAUUUUUAUUUAAUUUUACAUAAAACAAAGACUUUUGUCGUUAAGACACUAAGUGACUGUCUUUUCUUGACUGUCCACGAUUCAUUUAUUUUCUACAAAUAUAGCCCACGUCGAUUGUAUUGGAAAAUGGCACUUUAAUGUACUAUCUGAAUCUGUUUAAUCUUUAGUUCCUCCUGUGUACCCCACUGCAGAAAAGGAAAGUUGGUUCAAGUUUGUAAGAGGGUCUAUUUAUUUCAUGCAGCCAGUCUGAACACACCUCAUCACAUUUAAACUACAAACAACAUGCAGCCACAUAAUAAUCUAACACUUGCAAUCACUGCCUGUUUGGAAAUAUUAUGAAAAUCCUUAAAUAGCUUACCAUAUUGAUAAAGUUAAUAAGUAGUGAAUCAUUGUGCGCAUUUUUUUUUCCAAAAAAUGUCACAAAGCGGUAUACAUCGAUUCAUGUAAGGUAACCAAAGACAGUCUUGGAUCAUGGACUCCUCGGUUUGGAUUCUGGAUUUCUUAUAAGUGGAACUUGGAUUCUGGAUUCCAAUUGUUAGUGGGAUCUGGAUUCCUUGAGCUGAAUUCCAGAUUCCAAAGCCCAGGAUAUCGAUUCCGCAAAUAUUUCUGGGAUUCCAGAUUCCUGAUUACCUUACAUGGGGUGAUAUGCAAGUCACAUUGUACAACUGAUCAUAUUGUUUUAGGCUGAUGUUGUAUCACCGUUGAUGCACUCUCACUCUGGUGUCACAAGAAGAGGAUCAUUUUCUUCAGAUACUGACACAAACAAUAAAAUCCCACUACAUAGAAAGGUACGUAAUCACAUAAAUUUCAGUAGAGUCCUAACUAAGUUUUCAGAGAGACAAAAGUUGGCACUUCCUUUCCUUCGUGUUAUUGAGAACGUUAAGGUCAAUUUGUCCACCCAGUUUUUCUUUUGGCUCGGAAGUUACCAGCAUUUCUGCUUAUCACUUACAAAGAACUUUGUCCAGAACUUUGUUUCUUUAGUAAGCGUAUCUUGUUUGUAAUAUCAAAGAGAAUCAAUGCUAUAAUGUCAAAUCCAACUGUUCUGUAAAAUAGAGUAAAAUAGGAAAACAUGGUCUAUUUCCUCUGCUUUCCAUAAAACCCCACCCAGUUCUUGGCCCUUCGGAACAACAAAAAUACUGAUUAGUCUGUGUCCUUUACAUUGAAAUUUGUCCUCACAACUCGGUUAGGACCCAAUUUUUUUAGAAUUUUGCAUUCCCUGAGGGAUUUGGUUGGAGAGUAUUUAAAUGGAGGGAAACGUAUUGAGAUUUAAAACUAAAACAGUCUGUUGGGAGGGGUACUCUUCAAAUGCAUCCUUAUGGUGACAAUGUCAUAGGCUCAAUUUACAUGCGCUUUUCAGGAAAUGUGCCCACCCUUACCCCCACAGCUGGAGAGGAAAAUUCUCUGCGGAGUAUGGUCGUUUCGCUACAAGUCGUUUCGCUGUAUAAUGAAUUCAUUUCACUAUCAUAAAGUCGAUUUGCUGCAACAACUUUUCAUAUUAAACAGUUUAAAACAAUUUAGAAUCAGUGAACUGAAAACGGGUAAUAACGAGUUAAGUUAGCAAAACGACUUUACAACUUUGCAGCGAAUUGACUUCAUUAUGCAGCAAAACGACUUGUAGCGAAACGACCAUACCCCGCGGAAAUUGGGCCUCUUAAGGUUAUUGUGCUUUGAGUGUAUUGUGUUGGCUGAUUUUUCCCCUUUACCAACAGAGAAUGUUGCAAAGAACGAUGACAAUGGAUUCUGUAACAAUGAGGGAGAGACUCCAUAGAACGUCCUCCUCCUCUUCUUCAGGGGGGAGAUCAGGGAGCCUGAGUGACAUCACAGAGACCCCAUCUGAAUCAGCCAGGGUUCCAAAGCCAAGUGCAGGAAAUGAGGAGGAAAUAAAGAACCUGCAUCAAGAACUAGAAGAAGUCAAGGAAAAACUCACUGAAAUAACCGAGGUACUGAGCUGAGUUGAGUUUUAGGCGAGUUGUUGUAUGUAUCGAAAGAAGAGUGUUUUGUUUGUCCCCCACCAACCCUCCAACACCACCCGUCUGGAAAAGAUAAGGAAUGCAAUGUAAAAUGGGCGCCUGUUUUAGUUACUUCUAAAAAAUGCAAUUAUCUCUGCAUUGAUUUUGUUACCUCUUCGUCCUGCAUCCCUGAUGAAUAAAAAUCCCCAGUGAUGCAAAAUAAUUCAUGGCAUGCGUCCCAUAGGGCAAAAAGAAUGAUCGAUCGAUUUGAAGAUUUUUUGGUAGAAUAUCCUGUUUAUGUGAUUUCUGUGGCUGUUGUUUAAAGAUGCAUAUUUGUUUUAGUCUUUUUUGUCCUUUAAAUAUAGAGAAGGACUAUUUUUUCAUUUCAGUAGACUGUAAUAAGGAGUCGAGGUGUCUGUCUCCAGAUUAACUGUUUGGUUACAUGAAGGCCCAAGCAUUCUCAAUUUGGGACUCCUCGUUUUGUUUUUGAACUGGGACUCAUUCGUUCUGGACUUGGACUCAUGAUUUUUCACAGGAUGAGUCACAGGACUCACCAUCACUACUUGUUACAAAAUCACUGUCCCUGGUUCCCUAUCAGCUUUUGACAAUUGUUGCUCAGCUAAGCUUUAAUAGUGAAGCGCAAGAGGCAAAGCAGGAUGUUAAACAUGAACGUUAAACUUCGUUCGAUGCAUUUUCCUUGCAGAUUCAUUUGUAAAAUUUUUAUUUCGUGGUAAAUUCGUGUGAGAUUUUAGAUUAUGACUAUGGUCUUCUCGCGCAUUGAAUAAUUUUUUUCCGUUAUUAAUUGGUGGUCGUGAAGUAUCAACAUGUUAUGAGGUUAGAAAUCAUAGUCAUAAUCGUACGAACACAUGGCAUGGAAAGGAUAAAGGCGGUUAUGACGCCUACCAGUUGAUUCCUACUAAAACAGACGAAAAGUUGUUGACAGCAACAGACAAAUUCUGUUUUUCAGAAUAUUUCUAACAGUUUCGAAAACUCUAGUUUCCUUCCAAGCCGCUAUUGGUGUCGUCACGCAACGCUCCUUCCCAAAAGCUGUAUGAGCGUUGCCAAAGUAAAGUUCUUGUGUUUUCUUAUCGCAGGAGAGAAACUCACUGAUGAUAGCUCGCGAGGAACUUGAACAUGAACUUGACAGCAAAAAUCACACCAUCAGAAUGCUGCAGAAACAACUGGUGAGUGAGUUGUUGUCUAAACUAAACUUAACAUGCAAUUUGAAUUUUAAAAAAGCGAAAAUUAUACUAAAAAACACGAAACCCUUGGCUAUUUUGUUAUGCCUUUGGGAGUUAAGUAGACAAAAGGUUUUCGAGAUUUUUUUAUGUUUGAUAUGAUUUCUCAUAGCACACUCAGUUUGAUUGUUAAAUAAAUAUUCACCGCCACCUCAGUUAGUCAGCUACUGAAUUUGUGCUGCAUUUUCAGGAGUCCCAGACAGACAGUCAAGAUGAAAUGGCGUACCUGAAAAGACAAGUGAAAUCUCUGACCAAUCAAAUACAACAGCAGCAACAAAAGAUUACGGAACUGAGAUAUCGAGCUACCAGCCCUGGAGCAGUUCCUAUGGGAGCGGUAAGGGAGAUAUUCUAAGAUGACUUUUCAACUGUCGACUUAAACCGUCCCAGAAAAGAGCAGGCUAGUUGAGCGCGUGGCCGUUUCUUAUUCUUGUGCGUUUCGCGUGGUAAUUUAAGGAAAAAGAGGGACUGCUCGAAGUCUACAGUUUACCCCCUGUAGAAUGAAAACUCAACAAUUCACUGGCCCCUCCCUAAGGAACGAGCUUCGAUCAUAUGAUGUGCUUCCAGUUGGGCAGUCUGUUUGCCCUAAUAUUUUCCCGAACCGGAAGUAGUAGCUAUAUCGCGUUAAUGCGUUCAGAGUAUGGUGUCUGCUCUUCUGUAAUGUAUGCUUUAUAAGUAAAAGUUCGCAAUACUUUUGUUGACUUGAGUAUCACGCGUUUUUUUUUUUAGCGGGUCGGGGGGGGGGAUCUCAAAUCUCCUUUCCCCUAACCCCUGAGGAAGACCUGAUAUUGGGGAGAAGUGAUGACGUCAGAAGAACUAAAUUUUUGAAAUUAUGUGUUAUAACUCAACCUAUCCCAUAAUUUCACAAAUUUGAAUUAUUUAGUGACGUCACACUUUUCUUCUCUGUUUACCGAUGUCUUUGCACUCAGGAAAUUUUUAUUUGCACUUGUAUUCACCUGAAGAAAACAAAGCUCAUACAGUAAAUAGACAAAUUGCACUAACAUAGUAUUUUAUUGAUGACAGAUUUCUACCUCUUUUCAGCACAAAAAGGAAGCAGUUAAAGCCGAUAUCAGGUUUGUGUGUAAAUUCACUUUUGAGAAUAAAUAUGAAUUGGUGUUCAUUUGUCAAAUUCUUUCCAUUUCUUUUUCUUUUUAGAAAUCGUUUAAGGGAUGCCUUUGUAAAGCAUUUAGGGGAGUCGUCAAAGGUUUGUACACAACGGGCAUUUGUGAACUGUUUUUUCAAAAUUUUCAGUCUUGAGUCUAUAGCGCGCGUGUGGAGAUAAAACCCGCGGGGGUUCUCGCGCUCCUGUCGAAUUGUCGAAGGGAAAAGACACGUCAGUGUGGACAGGCUAGAGUAAAAUGAAAUAAUCAGUGAAAUGUUAAAGCACUCAGAGCGUGUUUGGAAUGAUCGAUGAUUCAAACAAGAGUUUGCAGCCUGCUCUAGGCUCUUUGAGAGUAUAGAUUACGCUAUGAUUUUUUUCUAUGAUUUUUCUUGGAGAUAAUUGAGCAAGCGCAAUGUUAAUUCCCUGAAAAUAAAAUAACGGUUUUGCCAGGCGCAAAAAUUAGUUUCCGCCAAACAACGUCAAAAAGAAAAAUCGUCUAGUAUCGGGAGAAUUUAUCUCCCACCAAACGGGGGGAAAGAAAAUAAGGUGCGAAGAAGACUUCAGCAGGGUGUAAAAAAAAAGCUUUUUCUCGUUAUCUAUUCCCAAUUCGACUCUAAAUUCUUGUAAUCUCUCCUUGUUGUGUGUUCCUCUUCAUAGUCAAAUUGUUAAUUCAACAAGAUGUAGUAUGAACUUGAAAAUCACUGUUGGCUCUUGGUCAUCGUCACUUAUGUCACAAACGCCGGCCACGUCAAACACUUACAUCCUCCAUUUAUCAUAUAACAAGUUGUAUUCAUGUUACAUCCUAUUUUCAGAGCAACGUUCAGCUGAGCAAAUACAUCCAGAGAGCGGAGCAGAACAUCAGCAUGGCACAGAAAGGUCUUAGCUCGUUAUAUUCAUCACCUCACGCCAGCACAGAGCAUCUACCGAAAGGUGGUCUUCACUUCACUGCACUUCACUCCUCACUCAUCUGUUUGUCCCACAAGUACUGUUCUUUGCACAACACUCACCAGUCAGUUUUCUCCAAAGUAGCUCUAGUUUUGAAAUUAUUUCUUGAAAUUUGUCAUGCAUUGUUUUCUUAGUGCGUGAGAAGCGCAGACUGGACAAUAGUACGUGCCUAGACAAAAACGUUCUAUGUACUUAACAGCAACAUCUAGGGGGCCUUUAAAGGGGAAUAAUACAAUACUGAAGUGUACCCAGUCAAGGCACUUGCACCACAUAGUAGCCCAUAAUCUGGGGCGUUUAACUGGCAUGUAUUCGAGACUUGGCGUUUUUAUAGAGCUGUUUAUUUUAAGAUCGAUUUUGUAGUGAGUCAAGUCUAUCGUCGGAGUCUCGUGAACGAGUCGGCGAAGGACACAGGUCGGGAAAGAAGUAUCUUUUGAUGUGUUGAUAGCAUUUUGUUCAGUUUUCAUGUCUUGUUUGACAUAUUCUGCUGCUGAACAUUUCCACUUACACUUGUAAAGGGGAAAUGUGUCUCAAAAUAAACUGGUCUACGAAAACGCCGUGUUGGCAUUUGCACGCUCCAGGCUAUGGGCUCCUUUACGGUGUUAUUGACGAGACAAUCGUACUUUUCUCCACAGUGCGGUUCAUGUUUGAUUCUCAGUAGUAAGUCUAGUUGGUGUCAGAUGCCUCGUACAUCAGUGUUUACAUGACAUUCUCACUAUCACCUCACUUAUACAAAAUUAUCUCCUUGGACUUGAUUCACCUAUCCCCGUAUCGAAGCAUAUUUCUCUUUUUCUGCACUGACCAUUUGCUGUAUUUGAAUUGCCGGUCAUUUUAGUUAAUGUUAAUCUGUUUUGCAGACAAGCCGUUCCAGAGAUCCGACUCUCAAUCCAGCGUUGAAAGAAAUCAAGAGGACUCAGAUGGGAGAGAAUCUGAGUCCGAUUCGUCCCGGUGUAGCAGAAGGAGAAUCGCUUCCUCGCGCGCGAACAGAAACAACGACGACUCCGGUUCGGAGUCAGGAAAAUCGAUAAGAAGUCGCCCCGAGUCUCCUAGAACUUUUAAAAGUCAAGACGAAUCCGAUGGAAGAGCUUCGGAUUCCGAUACGGGAAACUCGAGGAGUAGACGCAUCACGUCUUUUGAAAACAGCGCUGAAAAGAAUAAACGGAAAGACUCAAAGCCAGACCUGGUUAAAACAGAAGGACAAUCGGAGGACACACUGAGUGUGAAUAAACCUCCGCGCGUUAGGAAAUUAUCCCGGAACAAAUUAAUGAACAAAAUAGAGGCGUCACCAUUAUCGCACUCAUGGACUCCCGGUGCUAUUGAAAAGAUUGUUAAGUCGUGGAGAGAGACAAAGUCGCCUAUUUCACAGGAGAAGAGCAAAGAAGAGGAGAAAGCACUUAAACCAGUAUCCCAUGUACAGUUUUUCUAAUAAUCUGCUUUUAAAGUUCUGUACAUACUAGGCGACAAGUCGCUGCAACACUUCGAGGUGACAAAUCACUCUGUGUGUACAGGUCCGGCGAUAAGUUGCUGCAACCAACCAGGAUACGUUGAAGCGACAAACGCCUAGUCUGUACUGGAG